CGUUCAAAACCCAAGUUGUAAAAGCACUCGCUCUGUUUUUUCUUAUCUCUGCAAUGAUUAAAAGUUCAGAUCAAAUCAAUCGCCGGAUUUUGUCGUUUCCGGCGGUUCACCCUUGCGAGGAUAUUUCUCCGGGUAUCCUUCUCGGUUCUUUAAUAACUCUUGCUCAUAGCAUAUGCAAUUACCAAUCUAACAUAUUUGCAACUCAGCGAAGAAAUGCCCGUGAAACUAUUCGCCAGAUAGGAAUUCUUUUGAUAUUCUUCGAGGAGAUUCGUGACCGUGCGUUGACUCUUCCGGAUUCAGUUGUUCUUUGCUUCUCUGAGCUUCACUUUACCUUUCAAAAAGUUCAAUUCUUGAUGGAAGAUUGCACGAGAGAAGGCUCUAAGCUAUGGAUUCUAAUGAAGUCUCAGUUUAUUGCUGCUCAAUUUCGUGUAUUAAUCCGGGGAAUCUCUACGGCCCUGGAUAUUUUACCACUGAAUUUAGUAGAUGUUUGUGGGGAAGUUAAGGAAUUAAUCGAGUUGGUAGCCAAGCAAUCGAGGAAGGCAAAAUUUGAGCUUGACCAAGAUGAUGAGCGAGCCAUGAAACGAGUUCUUGCAAUAUUGAAAUAUUUUGAGAAGGGCAUCCAGCCUGAUUUGGAUUUCAUCAAGUGGGUUUUUGAUUAUCUUGAUAUUAGAAGCUGGAGUGAUUGUCACAAUGAAAUCAAGUUCAUGGAAGAAGUUAUAACCACGCAGUGCUCCGAUUUUGAAGAGAAAGAGGUCCCCUUUUUAAGUAGUUUAGUGGGGUUCAUGAGCUAUUGUAGAGUAGUUAUUUUCGAAACUCUGGAUUACAGGAAUCAUGAUCAAACUGAAGUGAGGUGCAAUUUGGAGAGCCUUAGUUGCUUGAAUCCUGAGGACUUCCGGUGUCCGAUUUCUCUCGAGUUAAUGACUGAUCCUGUGACAAUAUCUACAGGACAGACUUAUGAUCGAGCUUCGAUUCAGAGGUGGCUCAAAGCAGGGAAUAUGAUGUGUCCCAAAACAGGGGAGAAGCUAAAAAACACAGAGUUGGUCCCCAAUGCAGCUCUGAAGAAACUUAUCCAACAGUUUUGUGCAGACAACGGCAUUUCGCUUUGCAAAACCAGUAGACAGAGUCGUGAUAUAACGAGGACGAUUCUUCCGGGUAGUCCUCCGGCCGCCGAAGCUAUAAAAUUUCUGUCAAAAUUUCUUGCAAGAAGGCUGUUUUUUGGAACAAAUGAAGAGAAAAACAAGGCUGCCUAUGAAAUUCGUUUGUUGGCGAAAUCAAACAUUUUCAAUAGGUCUUGUUUGAUUGAAGCAGGCACAAUCCCACCUCUGUUAUCUCUUUUAUCUUCGUCCGAUCGGUCUGUACAACUAGAAGAGAAUGCAAUAGCUGCUUUAUUGAAGCUCUCAAAGCACGCUAGUGGCAAGAAAGUGAUAGUUGAAAAUGGAGGAUUGAAAGUGAUACUUGCAGUGCUCAAAUCAGGCUUAGGGUUGGAAGCACAGCAGAUAGCAGCCGCUACAUUAUUUUAUUUGUCUUCCGUCAAUGGGUAUCGAAAGUUGAUCGGAGAAACACCGGAGGCAAUCCCAGCUCUUGUUGAGCUUAUCAAAGAUGGUACAAUUUGGGGAAAGAAGAAUGCAGUGGUUACAAUGUUCGGGCUGCUAUUGUAUCCCAGAAACCAUGAAAGAGUGCUCGCCGCUGGCACUGUCCAAGUGCUCGUUGAUAUUCUUGCAUCCUCAUAUAAUGCCGAGCUUAUCACAGAUUCACUAGCAGUCAUUGCAGCUUUAGCUGAGAGUACGGAAGGAGCAGUCACAAUUCUUCAGACUUCAGCCAUGGCUGUAAUUAUGGGGCUAUUACAAUCGCUAACAUCUCGAAGAGGGAAGGAGUAUUGUGUCUCGAUACUGCUGUCCUUAUGCAGCAAUGGCGGUAAAGAGGUGAUAGCAAUACUAGCCAAGGAUUCUUCACUGAUGCCUUCACUAUAUUCGCUUACAACAGAUGGCUCAUCUCAUGCAAGCAGAAAGGCACGGUCGCUCAUCAAAAUUCUGCAUAAAUUCUACGAAACAAACUCUUGGGGUUUGAUGGGUUCUGGAGUUCAACAUGAACGACCGGUUCAUGUCAGGUAGUGAAGUCAAUUAAUUUAGAUUUUAGAUUCCUUUUCUGCUGUAAAUACAUAUAUACUAUAUAUAGAUGGUGUGUAGACAUACAGUACAGUUGAUGGUUUGUUUCCCUUUUACAAUAUUUGAAAAUUAGCUCAGUUUUUUAAGAGCUAAUUAUACCAGCCAGGCAGGUUGGUUUGCCUCUGUCAGUGCGCGCGCGCGCGCGCACACACACACACAAACAUAUAUUUGUGCUUCGAUCAUUUUUCAAGUAAUAAAUAAGACGUGUAAUAUAUGAAUUCAAUUUGUAAUGCUGGUUUGAUUCUUCCA